GGACCGGACCGGGCCGGACCUGCCAUUGAUUGUGACUGUCAACCUGUGUAGUUUUAAAUAUGUCCUGACUCAGUUCGGUUCCGUUGCUUGUUUGAAUGUUUGUCCACCUUUAUGGUCUAUCAGCUGUAUAAUUAUUGUUGUGGUGUUUAUUGUGAGCUGUUCUUCUUUUUUCUGUUGUAUUUUUCUACUUUUAUUUUCUUGUUUCUGUUGUUCGGAGUAGAGAAGGAGGGAAAAUGUUUUCUGUGUCACUGAGUUCAGCGACCUGAUGAUGGAGGAUUAAAAGAAAAAUGACGGUCAAAAAAAGUCUAGUGCCUUUUUUAGUGUCUCUGCUCCAGUUACUAAAUUAAUUGACUAUUAUUUCAAUAAUCAAUUAAUCGUUUCAUUUCUAAUUAAAUUAUACAAAUAAUGGAGCAUUUUGGACUUAAUUAAACCGGAAAUGGCGCCAUCUGCUGGAGAUGUGGAGGAAGUGUUGCAGGUACCGGGCCUCCCCCCGCCCCCGCCUGUUGCCUGUUACAUGGAGAAGCAGGUUCUCCUCCUGGUUCUUCUGCUGCUUUUCCUCCUGAGCUGAGAAAUGUCUGGAUGAACACCGGAUCUGAUUGGGCCGCUCUGGUUCCGGCUGUCUUGGGGGACUUGUACCCCCGCCCCUCCCCCAACACCACCUGACCUCUCCGGCGCACCUGACGCGUCGAUUCAUGCAGAAAACCUUUAUUUUAUUUUAUUUUAUAUUAUUUUAUGUUUUCAGGGAAAAGUUGCGGAGCUGCGCGGCUGAGGAUCACCAGAGCGCCGUCAUUGCUCUCCGGUGACAGCCGGCCUGUUUUUACUCCUUCACUCUAAAUAAGGAAGCUGCCGGACGGACACAUGACCGCCCGUCCGGCCCAAUUUGGGAGCCGCAGCGCCCCACCACGACCCAGGCCGCUGACCGCCGCUAAUCUGGCGCAGACUGCCGCCAUGUCAGCCCGGGAUGCGGGAGCCCGGCCCGGGUAGAACCAGAACCAGGGCUGCUCGGUGACUCGACAGGCGGCCCGGAGGAUCGGCGGAACCAGAACCGAGCCGCAGACCGUCGGAGCCAGCGAGAGAAAGAGAGAAAGAGAGAAAGAGAGAAAGAGAGAAAGAGAGAGAGAGAGAGAGAGAGCGGCGCGCAGAGGAGCUGCGAACCAUGGUAAUCACCACCAGCGGCGGCAGCAGCAGCAGCAGCAUCUCCAUCAGCUCCGCGCCCUCCGCCGUCUCGUCUUCUCCCGACCCCCGGGGCUCCGGAGCCCCGCUCCGCCGCUCGCCAGCCAGCCAGCCGCCGCCGCCGCAGCCGCAGCCAUGCCGGAGCAGAGACACCGGGCGCGCUAUUUUUAGGCUCAUUAAUUUGGAGCACGUGGCCCCGAGGCGAACCGGAUGUCCGCUGCGCAAAGGUUCCUCGGCAGAAUGUCCUGCUGGACGCCGACCGCGGCGCUGCUCCUGGGCGUCCUGCUGGGAGCCGCGACGGGGGCGCCAGCGCCGGACGCGGCUCCGCUGGACCGGCGCUGGGAGACGCUGUUCUCCCGCUCCGUGCUGUGGGUCUCCGGGGAGAAACCGGAGCUCAGCUGGGAGACUGACUACCUGCUGGGCAUCCAGCGGGUCCGGAGGCUCUACUGCAACGUGGGGAUCGGGUUCCACCUGCAGGUCCUCCCCGACGGCUGCAUCAGCGGGGCGCACAGCGAGGACCCGUACAGUCUGAUCCAAAUCUCCACGGUGGAGCGCGGCGUGGUGAGCCUGUUCGGGCUGCGCAGCGGGCGCUUCGUGGCCAUGAACAGCCGCGGCAGGCUGUACGGGACGACCGUCUUCCAUGAUGAGUGUAAGUUCAGGGAGAGUCUUCUGGCCAACAACUACAACGCCUACGAGUCUGCGGCGCACCGCGGCUGCUUCAUAGCGCUCAGCAAACAUGGCCGCGUCAAGAGGGGCAACAGGGCCACCACCGCCAUGACAGUCACCCACUUCUUGCCCCGGAUAUGAGGCAGGACACAGAGAGGGCAGAAAGCGGCAAUAACAAACUGAUUUGCACAUGUGGAUUAUUAUUAUCCCAGGUGAGAAACACCUGGACAGGCCUGAAAACCUGGACCGGACUGCAGCAGGAGGAGCGGGUUGAUGUUUACUACCGGCUGUGCGAUGCUUCAGCACCUUCAUCAUGAGGAAGAGGAGGGAGAGGACUUCCUCCUGGGGGUCGGUGGGUUACUUUAGGGACAGGCCUUCCUGUUCCUGUUUCUGUGUCAGGAGGAGCUGAGCCCCCCCGCAUACCAGAAAUGCUGAUCUGGAGUCAGAAAUAGCAGCGACCCCGGCGUCAUGCCACCCUGAGCCAGAGCCCAAUUCCUGGAGGGUCUGACGUUCCUGAGGAUCCACGACUGGGCUUUUAUUUUGAAGUGUUCAGGUUACUGACAGUAGAUUAUUGAGGUUCUUCAUAAUUCAUCCUGAUUUAUUUAUUAUUACUAAUAAUGUUGUUGCUGUUAUUAUGUGGUAGCAGCAAAUGAUUAAUCCCGGAUUAUUAAUCCCAGAUUAUUAAUCCCAGGGUUUUCAGCUCAAUCUGCUGGUUUGGUUUUAAUAUUCACAUUUUUUCAUGCAGCAUAAUUUACUUGAAUUUAGAGCAGAAGGAGCCCAGCAGGGGGCGCUGCCCCUCCUGGCACCUGUCCACCUCGCUGUGACCUUUGACCCCCAGCUCUGCACCUGUUUCUGCUGGUGCAAAAGUAUUCACUCCUCUACGUUUCUCCUGAUCCAUCAGGAAAACUCCAGAGUUCUGGUUCCGACCCGAUCGCUGGCUGUACCAAACGUUCAGUUCUGCUCUGAUUUCAACGACCUGAAACAUUUUGAUGGAGAAAACAAAAUCUGAAGGGGGUUGAAAACUUUUCCACAGCAUUCUGGCUGGUUUACAGGAAGUGAUGUCACAAAGGGGUUUGGUAGCAGAGAGGAGUUCAGACCCGGUUCUGGUUCUGUUGUAGCAGUUGGUCCAGUAAACUGGAUCCGGUUCUUCCAGCCAGGUGAUGAGGACAGAGACACCAGGUCGUCAUGGAGACGAUCCUGAAUGACCUUUAGGCCUGAGCAGACACAUCACCUGUAGCUUUUUAAACUUUAUCUCCAAAUGAAGGUGCAGCACUUUUCUAUUUAUUGUUCUUAUUUUCGCUCACUGCAGGAGGUGAGGUGGUCGUUCUUCCUCCUAACUUUCUCUAAACAGCUGACAGCAGCUUCUGUCAGUUUGUUAUUCGCGGCUCAGAGGAAUCUGUCGGCAGCUUUGGGUUUGUUUCAGAGUGAAAGUCUGGAGAACACUGAUGAGAAACAGAGAAAAAAAAACAUCUUCAAGAUGCAUCUGAGUGAGCCAGAGGUCAGCUAGAAGUCAGCUGCCAGAUGGAGGUCAGCCAGAGGUCAGCUGGAGGUCAGCUAGAAGUCAGCUGGAGGUCAGCCAGAGGUCAGCUGGACCUCCAGCUGAACACCUGUCUUUCAUUUUUCACAUUGUUUUCAUGCACCUUUGACAUCAGUGGGUUUACCAGAGAGACUCUAGCUAAAGGCUUUCCAGCUGGCUUCUGCAGCUAGAAGUCAGCUGGAGGUCAGCCAGAGGUCAGCUAGAAGUCAGCUGGAGGUCAGCCAGAGGUCAGCUGGAGGUCAGCCAGAGGUCAGAGUUGUGUAGCUGGUCCAGCUGCAGCCUGUUUGUUUCAGCUUCCUGCGCUCAGCUCCUGGUUCUUCCUCCUGUUUUUAAUACCUCACCUUCUGCCUUAGUUCUGAUUGUAGAAAUGAUUGUAAAUUAGUUUGAAAACGGAUUUCUCCAGUCGUUUGUUUCUGAAAUAUAAGUGAGAAAAAUACUAUAUAACAAAUAGUUUUCCUUUUAUUUUUGUACGUCUGUGCUGUGCACAGCAGUCACUUGUAUUCCUGAGAUGAAAAUAAAAAUUGUUUUGUAAAAUCUUUUCCACUGAAUUUCUUCCAGGUUUUGUUUCGGUUCAGUAAUUUUUGGAUCUGAGGAGAAAGUAACGGUGAGUGUGGAGCGCCCUCCGCUGGUCAGAGGAUGGAAGCGCAUUGUUCAGCUUACAGUAAAAAUGUAAAGUAGUUCCGAAGUUUUCAUGAUUUUUUGUAAUACUCUGAUAACAAAUGUUAUAAAUGUUAUGGAGUUUAAGUUGCUCAGCUCUCUGAUUGGAUGUCAGACUCACCGUGACCUUUUGCAGGUGAACUUUGACAUGAACAGGUGUGAUGCAGAGAAGUGCAUGGCCUGUCGCUCUAAACUCGCAUAUUGAUGAGAAAACGGACUGAAAUAUGACCGAAGAGGAAACUUUGAAAGAUAUUCCUAACAUUAUCAUGUUUCCUAGCCAUGUAAGCCAUAAAACGGUGGAUUUUAUGUCGCAGAUGAAUUGAAACAAAUCCGGUUUUGACACCUUUAAUGAGACACGAGUCCAAUAUUUUACAGUCAGUGUCUGAUGAACAUGUUCUCCGUUUUUUCUUUUAACACCACAAUAGCUUAACGGAUGAGGAAACAGAGGUGCAGAACAUUUAAUAUCACCAUUUAAUAACUGUCCAGUGUAUUAAUACAGGAGGGGAUGCAUUUUGAUUUGAGCCUGCCAAUGUCUGCAUCCCGUCUAUUGUGCUGCUGAUAUGGAGCCUCUUCAGAGAAGAAGAGUGGUUCUGUAGAAAAUGUCAUAAACACAUUUACCAUCCAACAUCUUCACCCUGCAGGGCAUGUUUGACCUUCUGCAUUCAUUAUGUCACAGCAGCAAGCGGUACCGCCAGCACCGGGUCAGGACACAGACUUACUACACAUAUUUACAUGCACAAGCGUAUAUACAUAAUGUCUGUAUAUGUUUUAUUCAUGUUUUUCAGCUUCAGAGAUCCAUCAGCAGUGAAUCCGUCUGUCCUUAAACACAUUUCUGUCUUUAAAAAACCUUCAGAACUAAAACUGGAGAUAUUUUACUGUAGACAGUCAAAAAAUUACACAUUAAUAACAGUCUUUGCCUCCUCAUGUCGCAUAAUCUGAAUCAAUGUCAGGGAAUAAUUCAAACUUUUUAAGAUUUCCUAAAUCUCAGUUAUUCUUCAUAGCUGAACCCGGUGCUACACCGUUAGCACUGUAGCUAAUAUUAGCUGGUAUUUGGCCGGUGGACAUAAAUACAGUUUAGUAAUAUUCUAUUCACAAAAUAUAAACACUAAUAUGUCCAUCUUACUUGUGACACGUUAUCCCCCGAGAUCUCACGACAAUAGUUCGUCGAUAUGAACAAAAAUAUCCGGC